AUGGGCGGCGUCUCAAGCACUGUAUUCGCCGCCCAAGGCAUAUUUCUUCUAGGAAAUGCAUUUUAUUCUAUCCUGUUUCCAUCAUCGGUCGCCCACUUUGAGGGCUCGUCGUUGACCGGAACCCCCGAAGGCGCUGUUCAAUGCAUUGGCCUGACCUCUCUUGCGCUUGGCACAUACUACCUCAUCUCGACAUACCAGCGCGAUACUUUGAUCAUGGUCUCUUCGAUACCUUCUCGUCUGGUGGCAGCGUGGGUCAUGUAUCGGAAUGGCGGCAAUUGGAGACCGGUUGCGGCCUUUGAAACUUCGAUGGCCGUGUUGGCUGGCGCAGCACUACUUUGGGAUCGGUUUAUGUGA